CACACGGUGACCUACCUGGCAACCCAGUAGCCCACCAGCCAAUCACAAUUCACCUGUAAAACGCCCAGAAGGAGAUUUAACAGAUUGCAACGCAAGUCAUUUUAGCAUAUAAUGCACACUUUCCAUGUUUAUACACCAUCGUUGGGUUGGUUGGUUCAUUCCACACAGCCGUGACCACCUUUUCAACACUGAAUGAAGUACUUUUCCAGCUCACCCAACGGGAACUUUGUGCUGAGUGAUGGGACGAGAGAAGGAGGCCACGGAGGACGGGAAGGCGACCCAUAAGGGCUCCAAACUGAAGAGACUCAACGACGUUGAGCUAGCUGGAGCCGGAGGUGAUGCCAAUCAUAACAUUGCAAAGUCGACAAAACCUACAGAGAAAACCCCUAAUGGAAAAGUCCGGAAGAAGCAGGUGAAACCACCACAGGAGGAGAAGCUGGAAUCACCCAACAGUGGCAGGGAGUCAGACGACGGCGACUUCACCACAAAGAAGAAAGGAGUGAAAAGGAAGCGAAUCAAAGAUGAGCCUGCAGAGUUUGCCACCAGUGACGCAGCAAAGCAUUCGUCGUCAAGCAAAAGCCACUCCAAUAAGAAAAAAAGGCAACAUUCAGCGGGAGAAGAGAAUGGUGACGAGGCUCCAAAGAAGAAGACCAAAAAGAACACCGAGGAGGGGGUGAAGAAAGAGGAGGAAGAACAGCAACCAGUCUCAAAAACGUCAAAGAAGACAAAGGAGGAGAUUAAGGAGGCAAGGCUGUUGAAGACCAAAAAGAAGGAAGAAGAGGAACAGAAUCGCUGGCGAUGGUGGGAGGAAGAGAAGUAUGAAGACGGGGUAAAAUGGAGGUUUCUGGAACACAAAGGACCCUACUUUCCUCCUGUGUACCAGACGCUACCAGACGACGUUCACUUCUACUACAAUGGUAAGACGGUGAAGCUGAGCCUGGCAGCGGAGGAGGUGGCUGUGUUCUUCGGCCAGAUGUUGGAUCAUGAAUACACCACUAAAAAGGUUUUCCGGGAGAACUUCUUCAAAGAUUGGAGGCAGGAAAUGACGGACGAGGAGAGAGUGCUGAUUCGACAUCUGGAUAAAUGUGAUUUUGGAGAGAUUCACGCCAUGCAUAAAGCCAAGGUGGAGGAAAGGAGGAACCUGAGCAAGGAGGACAAAUUGGUAUUGAAAGAGGCCAAUCAGAAGAUAGUGGAGGAGUACGGCUACUGUCUGUUGGACCACCACAGAGAACGUAUUGGCAACUUCAAGAUUGAGCCUCCGGGGCUGUUCAGGGGCAGAGGGGAGCAUCCUAAACAGGGCAUGCUGAAGAAAAGGAUCCAGCCUGAAGACGUCAUCAUCAACUGCAGCAAGGAAUCUCACAUCCCCGUGCCUCCUGCUGGUCAUCGCUGGAAGGAGGUUCGACACGACAACUCUGUGACAUGGCUGGCCAGUUGGACCGAGAACAUCCAGGGUUCGAUUAAAUACGUCAUGCUCAAUGCCAACUCCAAACUCAAGGGAGAGAAGGACUGGGAGAAAUACGAGGUUGCUCGCAAACUGAAGACGUGCGUGGAUUCCAUCCGUAAGCAGUACCUGGAGGAUAUGAGGUCCAGGGAGAUGCGUGUCCGCCAAAGAGCUGUGGCUCUCUACUUCAUAGACAAGCUGGCGCUGAGAGCUGGUAAUGAAAAGGAGGAGGGAGAGACGGCGGACACGGUGGGCUGCUGCUCGCUACGUGUGGAGCACAUCACGCUCCACAAGGAGCUGGACGGCAACUCGUGUGUGGUGGAGUUUGAUUUCCUGGGUAAAGAUUCCAUUCGCUACUACAACAAAGUCCCCGUCAUCAGCAAGGUAUUCAAGAACCUUCAGCGUUUCAUGGAGAAUAAGGACCCUGGAGAUGAACUCUUUGACCGCCUCAAUACCUCCUUGAUGAACAAGCAUCUGAGUGCCCUCAUGCCGGGUCUCACUGCAAAGGUGUUCAGGACGUACAACGCCUCCAUCACGCUGCAGCAGCAACUCCAACAGCUGACUAAUGACUCUGACAACGAGGCAGAGAAGCUGCUGUCCUACAACAGGGCGAACCGAGCGGUUGCAAUUCUGUGUAACCACCAGCGGGCGCCACCAAAGACCUUUGAGCAGUCCAUGGCCAACCUUCAGACCAAGAUUGAUGCCAGAAAGGAGCAGCUGGCUCUUGCCAAGACGGAGUUGAAGCAGGCCAAGAAGGAUUCCAAGGCCAAAGACAGCUCAGACUCCAAGUUGACCAAGCUGGUGGAGCGGAAGAAGGCGGCUGUGCAGCGCUGUGAGGAGCAGCUUCUCAAGCUGGAGGUGCAGGCCACCGACAGAGAGGAAAACAAACAGAUUGCACUGGGUACCUCGAAGCUUAACUACCUCGAUCCUCGCAUCAGCGUGGCUUGGUGUAAAAGAAUGAGGAUACCCAUUGAAAAAAUCUACAAUAAGAGCCAAAGAGACAAGUUUGCUUGGGCCAUCGAGAUGACGGAGGCAGACUUUGAGUUCUAACUUCCCCCUUGGACGUUCAUUGAAUAAGCGACUGGUCUGCCGUUCGACAAACUCAAGUAUGACUGUUACAUUUGUAACGUUUCGGCACACAUUCAAGCUCUACUGAUAGUCGUCUGCUGCUUUUCUGUUUGGCGCUUUGUCAUAUUGCCGCUCUGUAUUUUGUGUUUGCA